UGAGCCCGCCAUCUUUGGUCCAUUUCAGCGGUAUCGGCAGCGGCGGCAGCAGCGGCGGGAGUGGCGGCGAAGCCGGAAAGCGGAGCCCAGCUGAUCCCAGCCGAGUGGAGCCAUGGACGAGGAGUACGAUGUGAUCGUGCUGGGCACGGGCCUAACGGAAUGUAUUCUCUCUGGCAUCAUGUCUGUGAAUGGGAAGAAGGUGCUGCACAUGGAUCGGAAUCCUUACUAUGGGGGUGAAAGCUCCUCUAUCACACCCCUGGAAGAGUUGUUCAAACGAUUUGACCUACCUGAAGGGCCUCCUGAAAGCUUGGGCAGGGGCCGAGACUGGAAUGUUGACUUGAUCCCCAAAUUUCUCAUGGCUAAUGGCCAGUUGGUGAAGAUGUUGCUGUAUACAGAAGUGACUCGUUACUUAGACUUUAAAGUGGUGGAAGGCAGCUUUGUCUACAAGGGAGGCAAGAUCUACAAGGUGCCAUCUACUGAGACUGAGGCCUUGGCCUCCAAUCUGAUGGGCAUGUUCGAGAAACGACGAUUUAGAAAAUUCUUGGUGUUCGUGGCAAACUUCGAUGAGAAUGAUCCUAAGAGCUUUGAGGGUGUUGACCCUCAGACCACAACCAUGCGAGAUGUGUAUAAGAAGUUUGACUUAGGGCAAGAUGUUAUUGACUUCACUGGCCACGCUCUAGCACUCUACCGAACUGAUGACUACUUGGACCAGCCCUGCCUUGAGACCAUCAGCCGCAUCAAGCUUUACAGCGAGUCUCUGGCCCGGUAUGGGAAGAGCCCGUACCUGUACCCUCUCUAUGGCCUGGGCGAGCUACCCCAGGGAUUUGCAAGACUGAGCGCUAUCUACGGUGGGACAUACAUGCUGAACAAGCCUGUGGAUGACAUCAUCAUGGAGAAUGGAAAGGUUGUAGGGGUGAAGUCAGAGGGGGAGGUGGCCCGUUGCAAGCAGCUGAUCUGUGACCCCAGCUAUAUCCCUGACCGUGUUCGAAAGGCUGGCCAGGUCAUCCGAGUCAUCUGUAUCCUCAGCCACCCCAUCAAGAAUACCAACGAUGCCAAUUCCUGCCAAAUCAUCAUCCCCCAGAAUCAGGUCAACAGGAAAUCAGACAUCUAUGUGUGCAUGAUCUCCUAUGCCCAUAAUGUGGCUGCCCAGGGAAAGUACAUUGCUAUUGUCAGCACCACAGUGGAAACAGCAGAGCCUGAGAAGGAGAUCGAUCCAGCGCUGGAGCUAUUGGAGCCCAUUGACCAAAAGUUUGUGGCCAUCAGUGACUUGUAUGAACCGACCGACAAUGGACUGGAAAGCCAGGUAUUCUGUUCCUGCUCUUAUGAUGCCACCACUCAUUUUGAGACAACCUGCAAUGACAUCAAAGAUAUUUACAAGCGCAUGGCUGGGACAGACUUUGACUUUGAAAAUAUGAAGCGCAAACAGAAUGACGUGUUUGGAGAGGAUGAGCAGUGAUGGCAGGAAGUAAUCCUCUCCCUAUAAGGCCCUCACCACCUUCUCCUGCCUCCCUCGGCACCAAUUUUUCUUCUUCCCUUUCCUAUUGUUUUCUACUUUGGGGCUCAAGGGGAAGGUUUGGAUGGGACACCUAAGUCAGCAAUGUGCCCCUGCCUGCCCUCCCAUUCCCUCCUCUGCACCUUCCUGUUAGGACCCCUUCUAAUUCAUUCCAUUUGUUGACCAAACCCUAGCCUAGCAGUGAAAGAUUGGCAGGUGGAACAGCUUUCUUCUUCCUGCCCCCCCUACCCUAGGGAGUCUGGGAUUCAAGGAGGGUGGGAGUUCUCUCUCCCAUUUUCUCCAAUAUUUGUUGCUUAUCUCCCCCUGCCUCCCAACACACCAAUUAUCGUUUCUGUGCUCUGCUGAUCCCGACAGUCCUUUUCUCCCCUUUCCCAAACUCCUUGCCUCUAUGGUGCUUUUUUGGGGGGGGAGGGGGGCCCAGAGAAUGCAAAAUGGAAGCAGACUUUUCCUUCUGUGUCUCAGGUGUCGUCUGCCCCGUCUGUCCCUAUGUGCUUCAAUCCUCCCAUGAACAUGCAUAUACUUGCUGCUUCUAACAGCCUAAUUAAUCAGUUAUCCUUUGUCUUGACUCUGUGCUGGGCUGGAAUUCGAGGGGGGUGGGCUGGGGGGGGGGGGACACAAAGCUGCUGCUGCGUUGAAUUGUAUUUCCAGCCCUUUCUCCCUUAAUUUAUUUUAACUUAUUAAUAUCUCUUUCCGUAGUGAUGCCCCCUCCUUCCCCCACCCCUUCCCCUAGGAUGCUGGAGAAGGAAGAAGAAAGCGAAUUUCAUGCCAUGCCCCGCCCCAUCCCCACCCCCACCCCGUACUGUCUAUGCUGUAUUAAUCUUCCCCUUAUUUGUGGGAGAGGGAGCCCCUUCCCUAGGCCCUUUCCCCAGUGCACUGGCCACGUGACGGGGGAGCAGACAGACAGACAAAGACAGCACUUCGGUGAAGUUUACAAAGGAGGUGGGGAAAGGGACCAAACCCCUGCGCUGGCCUGCCCCCUGCCCAUGCCCCACCCCCCACCCCCCGCCUACCCCCCACCAAGAGUGGGGGGCGGGACCAAAUGUCGACAAGUGACUGUGUGUGUCUCCCGCUUACUGUGUAUCGGACAGGAGAAACAAGUCCCCAAUAAAGCCUGUUGAAAAGUC